AUGGUUAAUCUCGACCCCAUCAACGCUAAGUUUGCGGCCGCAAUUGAUGGCCUGCCUGCUCCUCAUCAGCUUGGAGGUCCAGACAAGGCAUUUGAGAAUCUGGAGGAGUUACAGCGCCAUGAGCCAGCGGAUGAUAUUGCCACACAGGUAAUUAAAGUUGGGGGGAAAUAUGGCCCGACAUCUGUGACACUGUUUAGACCAAAGGCUCUGGUUAACAAGCCACUUCCAAUGAUCUUUUACACCCAUGGUGGCGGCUGGGUCAUGGGAAGUGCCAAAUCGUUUGCCGUGUUAGUCGAGGACUUGGCUCGGCGAACUGGAGCUGCCAUAGUCUUUCCGGACUACACGCUUGCACCACAUAGAACGUUUCCGUUCCCAUUUGAGCAGAGCUAUGAAGUUCUGGAGUAUAUGAUCCGUCAUGGAACGGAGUAUUAUCUUUUGGUUGAAACGAUUGCUCUGGCUGGUGAUAGUGUUGGAGGACACAUGGCCAUUGCCAUGAUGCAAAUGUCUUUGCAGCGACAAUUACCCGCCAAAAUCGGUCAGAUCGUUCUCUGGGCUCCUGUUACUGUGACACACAAGAAAUAUCCAUCAUACAGCACAUUCAAGGGCGGGCCUUUCCUACCAGAGGCUACAAUGGAUUGGAUGAUUGAUACGUUCAUCCCGAGCGAGAGCGACAGAAAAACAGCACUGGCUUCUCCCCUGACACAUCUCCCGGAUGAUAUCUUGUCCAAGUUUCCUCCAACCAGUAUAUUUCUAUCAACGGUUGACCCCCUGGUUGAUGAAGGCGUCGCAUUUGGCCAAAGGCUACAGGGCCUCGGGGUUGAUGCAUCUGUCAUCAAGGCUGAAGGACAGAUGCACGCCUUCUGCCUCGUGAAGGUGUUACGGAACGGACCUACUGCUCAAGCAGUAUUAGAAUUGGCAGCACUGAGAUUAAGAAGGAUAUUUCCGGCUUUAGCAUGA